GAAAACACAACCAGUCUGCUGAUAAUUAACUCUGGAUAAGCAGCUAGUUAGAAGGUACACAGCCUCACCACUCUUGGGGAUGCAGGUUCUCUCCGCUGCUUCUGCCCAGCCGACAUCUUCCCGCUAGGUGGAGGUUUUACUUUUGGGGAGCAAAUCUGGCCUAACGAGGGAGGAGGAGAAAGUCCGCGUUGGCGGUGAGAGGAGUUCCCAGGAGACGAGAGGACGUCUGAGGGGUGCCGGGGACGAGCGCAGAUAACCGAGCUUCUGCGAAUGAAGCCCAGGCUGGCGCCCGCGAGAAAGCCCCAGCGCUGCUGCCACCGCCCCGGCAGCCAGCCCACGCUCUCGUCUCUCAGGCCAGCGGGACGCCUCCGCCCCCGGCCCCGGCCCCAGGGAGGCCCAGCCCGCGGGGACGGUGCCGCCCGCGGAGGCGCGGACCCCGAGCAGGCGGGGGCAGCCCAGGUACAGCCCUGCCACUCCGCCGCGCCCUUUCCAGGAAGCGCUGUCCCAGAGCUGCCCGGGAGACGCUGCCCCUCAGUAGCUCUCUCCUCAAGCCGCCAUCGGAGCCGCGCCGGGACAGAUACCACAUGAUGUUUGCAAUUUUGGUACUGCUGUCUCAACUACAUGUGAUGCUAUUUGCAUUUCCUCACUGCACAGGGAGAUUAAAUACUUUGACUCAGCCUGAAUGGAAAGACGUGUUCACAUCAGCAAAGGAGGCCAAUUUAUUCAUUGGACGACAUCUUCUGAAUAACAGAUUUGAUUUUGAAGCAUUCACAGCAGAUAACCUAGAAAGAGAAUGCUAUGAAGAGCUGUGCAACUAUGAAGAAGCAAGAGAAUUUUUUGAAGACUCUGAGAAAACGAUGGAUUUUUGGAAAGACUAUUCAACUAAAGGGCCUAAAAUUAGAUCAGGUGAUGAGACACUACAAAAGAUUAAUGUUACAGGACUUCUCAUCAGUCUAGUUGCUGCUGGAGUACUGUUAGUUAUAAUUGCACUGCUUAUCUUCUACUGCUGCAAAAGUCGAUGCAAAUCAAGGCAACCACCAGGGUACUUGGAUUAUCCAAGAAAUAGAAGACGUAAUUCAUCUAGCAUCUUCAGAAGGCAUGAAGAAUUUUCUUUAAACCCAAUUCCUCUCAGAACUGGUGAUUCAGAACUACCAACAUAUGAGCAAGCAGUUUCUUCAGAUGGACAACACAAUGUGCCACCACCCCCUUAUCCAGGACCUCCAAAAGGGAGAUGGCUGUUCAGAAAGUCUAUGUCGCUUCCCGGCCCUUAGUCCCAGACCUCCUUCUGGGGUGAACAUACUUUUGUAAAAAGUGUGUGCUACCUUGCAUAUUGCAAGACAGUUUACAAAAAUUAGCACAACUAGAACCAAGUUAAGGUCCCAUUUGGGAAUGACAUAGUCCUGUAGCCUUUGCAAGAGAUCAUACUUUGUAUAAGGUUAUUGCGCUAAGAGGAGAGAAUGCAUGAAGAAUUAAGUCUUGUAUUGCCACCUUCUUUCUUCUGUGUGGACUUUGAGCCAUCUCAUCAUACUACUGAUGCUCCAUUAAUAGUUUAAUCCUUUUUUUUUCUUCAGAAGGAAGAGUAUUUUAAUUGGUUUUGUUGAUAGUAACCUUUUUUUCCCCCACUAUUAAACUUUAAAAUUCAAGUACCCAGGUUUCACA